GUACAACAAGGACCGGGUAAAAAAGACUACUGUGGCUGCAACGAACAGAUUGUCAAGACGUACGUAGCACUGCCGAUGGAGUACAUGGGAUGUUGAGUCGCGUCGAAAAUGAUUCAGGGCAGUCGAAGCAGUAAUUCAGACCGAAAUAGGACUGCACAACGAGUGAUGGCGAAUUUUUUGUUUCCCGACCACUCGUCUUCACUCGUCGAUGAAAUAGCAGAUGAUGUUGACUCAAUUAGUACUACACUCCUCGAGCAGCAGGACACGACUAAUCAUCUAGGAGAACGAGGACAACGCGCAGCAGGAGCAUCUUCAUCAAGCAACGCCGUCUGCGAGAGGAGAAGGAGCGACAAGGAUAAGGUUGAACACGCGAAGCUUGCUGGAGAAGGAACGACAUCAAACUUGGGAGAAGGGACGACAUCAAGAAGAUCUGCACAGCCAAAUGCUAGGAAAGCGUCAAAAAAAGAUCAUUUAACCGAAGCUGAGCUCGAACAGGAGUUAGCGGCCGCUCUCAGUGGGAGACCAACGCGGACGCCGAGUAGUCAACAUCUUCUUCUCAACAACAGUAGCAAUAGCACCGGAAGAAUGACGAGAGG